UUUUUUUUCGGUUGAAAAACACCUGGUAAUUACACAGGCGCAGAUAAACCUUGAUUAACAAUCGAUGUGAUUUAUGAAAUGAUGUUACAAGCAUCUCUAUGGAUAACUAAACAAAUGAAACACGUUAAAGCAAAAUUAGAAAAAAGGAAUAUCAAAAUGGGCUCAAUAGCAAAGGAAUUGACCUGAAUGAAUGGACUAGAGGUGGUCAAGGUAGCUUUGAUUAGCCAUUCUAUUCCAUCGAGCGAGCUUUUCACGGCAGCGAUCGGAGUUUUAUUCCGCAGGGAAUCAAGUGGGAGUAAUCAAAUCACUAAAGAAAGAAUACGGUCAAUAAUCCCAACCCACCACCACUGGACGUCCGAAAGAAAGAAGGGAGAAGGAAGAACCGCGGGUCUUUCGGCACAAGGACGAAUAAAGAAAAGCUGUCAGAACGCAUUUCCUCCUUACGGGCUUCCCUGUAAAUUUUCGCUGUGUGACGAGAGGAGGGGGGGGCUUUGAUGUGAAUUGUUGACCAUCGUCUUAUCUCCUCUUUUUCUUUUCUCUCCCUCCCUCUCUUUUCUUCUUUUCACGCCUUUCGGUUCUCUACUUCAGCUCUACCAUCACUACCUAACCUCUCAAUUCUCAAUUUCUGUAGUAAAGAAGCUGAUCUGCCAAUCGAUGCACUUUACCUUAAUUGCCGUUAUGGACUCCAUGCUGGACUCUGGGCAGCGUUCUUUUGCCUAGAACAAGUACCUUAAUUGUUCUGCAGAGAUGGUGAUCAAACUCUCCAAUGAAAUGCUGCUGUGAUCUCCAGCAUGAUCGGAAUAGAAAAGAUGUCCGCUUGUCUGAGAUGAUGAUGAUGAGAGGAGGGCAAUCUGGGAUGAGCACGAGCUCAUCAAGGUGUCAAGACUGUGGGAACCAAGCCAAGAGGGACUGUGUCUACAGGAGGUGCAGGACUUGUUGCAAAAGCAAAGGCUUUCCCUGCCAAACUCACAUCAAGAGCACUUGGGUUCCUGCCUACAGGAGACACCAGAGACAUCAACAGCAACAGCAACAACAACAGCAGCAGCAGCAACAGCAACAUCAACAUCUCCCACACAAUGUUCCUGUUCACCAACAGCGCUCCCUCCAACCCCUAAACCCUAAAAGGCACAGAGACACUUCCACAUUCCCAGGGUUGGGCGCUGAAGGGAAUUUCCCUGCGGAAGUGAGCUCAACAGCCACAUUCCGGUGCGUUAGGGUGAGCAUUGAAGAUGAUGAUGCAGCUGAGCAUUAUGCGUAUCAGACAUCCGUGAACAUCGGAGGGCAUGUUUUCAAGGGCAUUCUCUAUGAUCAAGGUCCCGAGAGCCGCUACGGCACUGCUGCUGGCGAGAGCUCUUCAGGUGAUCCCGCCUUACCUAGUAACAAUGGUGAUAAUAAUCCCGCCAUAUGCACUUUGGCUUCGGCUUCAGCUCCGGAGGAAUCGAUAUUUCCUUGCGCAUAUCCGUUUCCUCUAAGUGCUUCGAUCUCGGGGACGCACUACAUUUUCCCGAAAUCAUAGCGCCUGUGCGGUUAAAUUCUCUGAAAGGGAGAGCGGAUUUAGAAGUAACGGCCAUGAUCAAUGCGCUCACGGUUGAAUGAUUUUCAUCAGAAAAGCAUUAAAGGAGGUCAGUAGAACAUCCCUUGAUUUCGACCAAAAAAAAAAAAAAACAUCCCUUGAUGUCACUCGAGUGCACUGUCGUUGAAGACAGUGUGCAAUUUAUACGUCUUUCUCGUGUGCUAACAUAUAGUGUAUUACUCUAUUCCUCCAAAAUGAAAAGCUGGACUUCUCUUUCAUCAAUUCAUUUGUUGUUCUGAUAUAGACAUGUAUCUACUUAGAUGCCGCGCAUGUUUUGGAUAAGUCCCAUGAUUUGUCCCAUUGUCCAUAGUUUAAUGAUCUUGUCUUGUGAGUUUAAGUCCAAGUUCGCUUCUAAGUUCUUGUUGUUUAUGAACUUCGAAGCUGCUUUGUUCCCUAUAAUCCGCUUCUUUGCCUGCUCGGACGUGAAAAAAGUAAAUUAGUUUAAUCCUAAACUUACCUAACAUGAACGUCUCAGGGUUGCAUCUUGUAGGCAACUAGCUACGUUGUCUCUCCUCGUUGUCAUGGAGACAAAACCCCCAUAAUCCGAGGAAGACACGUAUGUAGAUCUUUGCUUGUCACCAAGUAGUUGCCUCUGUCAGUGCAUUGAUUUCCAGGACACGAACUUCUCUGUCUAAACACGACAAAGAUUCAAAUUAGUCACUUUGCCGACGCGAAUUGAAGUAAAGGGGAGAACGGUUUCGUUUGCUUAUUAUAAUAUUGUCCUGUUACACACUUUCUUCUCAUGCAAAUGCAAAGCUUCUCUUUUCGC